AAGAGCUGAAAAUGUGGACAAGCGUAGCGAUAUAAAAAUCGCGUCCGUGCCGUCGGGGCGUAAACAGUCAGUUUAUCACGAUGUGGUGGCUGGAAGGGCUUAGGUCGGGGAUGGGCCGUCUGGAGAUCCUGUUGCUUGUUUACACCUUGCUCUGCUCUCUCGGAGAUUGCCUGUUUGUAACAGACUAUUUCACCCGGACGCCUCGCAAGCUCAACGCCUACCGCUCUUUUGCCAGCGUGGAGCUGUUCCACUUCAACGUGCCUGAAGACACCGUGGUGGCUGUUUGGAACCUCAUCACCUUCAAGGAGCAGGGGGGCACCUUCGGAGACAGCUGCCCAGACCGCAACGUGACAGUGUACUUCAGGUCAGGAGCUCCACCUGUAAUCAACCCCCUCCAGACAAGUUUUCCAAAGGACACUAUUGUACCAGGCUCCUUCGCUGUCACUUUGACAUGGACGCUGCCCAACCGCACCACAGGGGUUUUCAAUGUCACCAGCCCCCUCCCAGGAGACUGGUUCCUGGCUGCACAUUUACCAAAGGAUAAGGGGAAGAUCUCAGUCAAGGGUCUUCUCGAGGAAUGUCAGUACCUCUUUCAACCUCAGCUCAUUGUUCAGAGGCUCAUUGGGAUUUCAGUGCUGUAUCCUGGUUACUUCAUUGACCAGAUGAUUCCUCUUCACAAUAGAUCUGUACUCUACAAAGUGUUCAUCCCAAACUACAUCUCUCGGGUGAAGGUACAGCUUGUGGACUGCAAUACAAAGAACAAAAGUGGGGAGAGCUGUCCGGUUUUGUUGAAAAUCCGCUCGAGGGCCCCGCCGGUGCAUAACUCUAGCGCCGUGGACUGCAGAGAGAAUGUUCCCUGUGAGCUGGAGGUCCCACUGCCAUCCUGGGAGCAGUGGUACUAUAUUUUGGUGGAGCGUUACCUCAGUAGCUCAGAUGUGUACUUUCGCAUUGGCGUUCAGGUUAAAG